AUGGACAACAUAGUCGAAUGCAAAGGCAUGGCUCACCCGUAUCUACCUCUCGGCAAGUUACACAUCUUACCAGAGCCCGAAUCCCUCCUCGCAGACCUGGCGAAUCUAGAUCUCUCAGAGGAAAUCAAGCCACCCACAUUCCACCUCUUCAAGGACCUCCCCGCCGAAAUCCGCCUCAAGAUAUGGCGUCUCGCAGCACCCAAGCCCGCCGUCGCCGAGCGCAUGCCCAACAACUUCACCUUAUCCUAUGGUCUCCAGCGCCCUGUCCCUGCGCUUCUGCAGGUCUGCCAGGAAUCUCGCACUGAGAUGUUCUACGACCCUGAGAACCCACGUGGUUUGAGAGAUGAGCAGUUUGAGAUGCUGUAUCUCUCGCCAGGACACCGGGCACAGGGCAAGGGCGUGUAUAUGAAUUAUCGCGAUGAUACGCUGUUCAUGUACAGAGGCCCGUCUCAAUCAAUCAUGCCCUCUGCCCACUGCUUCGCCAACCUCCGCCACCUGGCCAUGGAAUGGGGCCUUCGCCCCUGCUGGGUGCAGAGCCACUGCAACGAGGGCGUCCGUCUCCUCCGCCAGUUCCCCAACCUCAAGACGUUCACCCUCCUCGUCAGCUUCAAGAUCUACAACGAGCUGCCUUUGGGCGAGUCUGGCAGCAAGCACCGCGAGCAGACGCAGAAGCGCCGGGCGCUCAAUGAGAUCAAGACUUGGGUUUUGGACGCCAUUGACCAGGCUUUGGAGCGAGAUGACAGUGCUUUCGCUGCUGCCGUUGCCAGGGCUGAUGCCAACAACAACACCAAUGUCGACACCGCCUCUGGCUCUUCAUCUCAGUCUGCGUCUACAUCUACGGCUGCGUCUUUGGCUUCGUCUGCAUUUACCAACCAGUGGUCUCCGCCUGAGGUCAGAGUCGUCCCGAAGACAAAGUACUGGACCAUGCCGGCGUGGGCCUAG